CUGCAGCCGUUCGCCGCCCACUGCAGCCCUCCGCCGCACGAAUUAGCCAUUGCGGCCGACAGCCCCACAACCGCAAAUUUUUCUGGCGAACAGGAAGAACGGCGUCGCCGUCUAGCGGAUGGAUCUCGUCGCCGGUACCACCACGCCGAAGCCGUUGCCCAUUCUAAACUCGCCGCCGAUGAUCGGAAAGGUCAGGGGCCGCCGGCGAGGACGAAGACACGGGGGACGAUGAGGACCCACACAGUUGCAGCAGGACAUGGCACCGAACGCGGGUCGGAUGUGGUGACGACGAGCAGCACGGUGUUCGCCGGCGUUUGUGACGGUAGUGAACCACCUGGUAUGAGAUUACUCGCGAUGCUAGCUGAAGAAGAAUCCAUGGCUGCGCACGUCCAACUGAUUGUUUGUGAAAUCUGCUCGAAAAAGCUUGAAUCAUUCAGCUAUGGCGGACGAUCCCGUCGGCACUGGACUGAGACGACCGGUGCGAAUGGCAGAGGAGGGCCGGAAUCCUUCGGGGGAUUUGCGGUCGGUGAUGUUCUGCCGGUGAUUAACAGAGGAGAGGACGGGUGUCUGGAAGCUUUUCUGGUUUUCGUCGCCGGAGAAGACGACCUCUCGUCGCCGGAUUUUGAGAGGCAGGCGAACGGUGCUGGACUGCGGCGGCGCACUGCGAAGUGGCUGGUGGCCGUCGGGCUUUGA